UUGGAGUCUUGUAUAAUGUUUGGUAGGAACUCCCCGGACCAGCGGUUGUACAUGUGCAGCUCCUGCUUUGAGAGGUUCCACUGGGAUGAUCUCUCCAAGAAGGAACACCACUGCCCUCGUUGCCGCAUUCCCGCCAAGUUCUGCGCCAAUUGCGAUCAGCUUUUCGAGCCCCGAGAGAAGUCGGUGCCUUACUGCAAGCGCUGCGAUUACUAUAUGCAGAAAAAUGUGGCUGUAAGGCCCCAAGUCCUGGACCGGCCCGAGGAGGAAGCCAGGACCACCUCCUCCUUCGCGGAGCGCUGGGAGGAGAUCAAGACGAACACUGGAAUUGUGGACGACAUGUACUUGAGCGAAUGAAUGGCCCACUGAAGCGUAAAAAUAAAUCAAAAUUCAAGACCACCGGAUGUACCACCUGCGAUUUAAAUAUUUAUUUGUGACGAAAAAACCAGAGUGCAGCUCAAAGGAUAUAAACUGUCGCCAGCUGGUCAGGAAGUCCAUCUACGCUUCAAUAAAUCAUUUUUACAAUAUCAGAAAAUGUACUUUAAGAGACUUCUCUGAAAAUACAAUUUAAUAAAUUCAAUUGAAGCAUUUUAUA